GUGGAAACUGAAAAGACAAAGAAACGAACAAGGCAGAGAAAAGAGACAUCUUUGGCAUUUGAUUGGGGGAUCAUGAAGCAGCGUCACGAUUAUAACGGUAUAACCAAACUAUUGUGAGAAGCAGCCCUGGGCAGCGAAAGGAAAGAGAGUGAGGGAAGAGAGCGAGCGUGCGGGGGAGAGAGAGUGAUAUGCGCUGCGCCUAAAAGCGAGCUACGAAAUGAGAUUGGAACUGCAGCAAACGGCGGCACCUACAUCAACAACAUCCACGUCAAGCAGGUGUUUCUACAACUGUCCGUGCUAUUGUUGCCGCCAGGGAUGCUGUGUGGUGGCCUGUUGUUGCUGCUGCUGCUGCAGCCUGGGCUGCUUUACACCCUCGGCGCCGCCCUCGCCGCCACCGUCCAUUAAGAUAAAGCGCUCGCGAACAGGCAAAUGGGUCGGUGGCUGGGGCUGCCGGGGGGCGGCACAGCUGGUUGGCGCGAUGAUCGAGUGCGCCGGAUUGGCGACCAAGCUGGCCACCCCCUUUGUGGCCUGGCUGCAGGCGCUGAUUGCCAGUUGCGUCAUUCUGCAUGAGAUGGGACAGCCGACGCCCACGGGGGGCGGGAGGGCGCAUCCAAUAGCACCGGUGCUGGCGGCGGCAGCGGCCGCGGCAGGGGCCACCAACAGCACGGACGUCAAGUUGAAGGAGCAAUACGGGCACACCUACACCGCCUACGACAUUGCCAACGAUCAGCAGUUGAAGACAAACAAUCUGUGCAAGAUGUUCUGCAACAAUCGCAAGCGGCAACGCCGACCGUUAAAGGCAAUCAACCUAACGGUGCCUCCCGAAAUGCGAGCUCCGGCCUUCAAGGCGCCAUCCCUGUCCUCGCCCUGGCCGGCGUCCACCUCGUUUCGUCACUGCUCCAAGGGCAAACGCACUCGAGCCAAUCUCGUUUGGCUCCUCAUUGGACUGGUCUGGUUCGAGGUGAAGCUUAUCAACUGCAAUGCCAUAGCCAGUGGCUAUGUCUCCAAUCUGGUCACCCAGAAGGGGUGCACCCUGUGCCAACUCGAGGAGGGCAACUUUUACAGUGACAAAGAUAAUCCACACACAGACUACAACAAGUACAAUAACAACAACAACAACAAUUACUUCUACAAAAAAACUAAUCGAAACCAUAACAACAUCAACAACAACAAUAUCGCGCCAAGCGACCGCGUUCGCUUGGAGUCGAUCAAGCGACAAAUUCUGACGAAACUUGGCCUCACCCACAAGCCGAAUGUGUCGCAUCCCCUGCCAAAGCAAUUCAUCUGGGAGACCAUUUAUCGAGCCGAAGGUGGAAUGGUGGCCACCGAUGCCUUUAACAGCGAUCUCAGCGAGCGGCGGGCGCGUUUGCGAACCCUAUCCGAAAUGAAUGUUUUCCACAAUCGCCACGCAGUUCCCAUGCCUAUGCCGAUGGCGAUGCCGAUGCCGAUGCCGAUGUCCAUGUCGAUGCCACUAUCGAUGGCCACAGACGAUCAGGGAUCUCGGGGUGCGGCGACCCUAACGUCCCGUUGGGCCCCAUCAACAGGUAGCAGAGGUGCUGGUGCCAAUCAAGGUACUGGCACUGGGGCGAGUAGUGGCGGCCACACUGAGAGCAAUAACUUUGGAUACACUAUCAACACGAGCAGCAGAUAUAGUCCGUAUGAGGAAUUCCUGAGGAAUCGCACGGCCGUGAAGGUACAGCCCCAGCUGAUGGAACAAGACGGAGAGGCUGAGAAUGCCGACAACUCUUGGGAUGAUCAGAGGCAGCUACGAACCUCAAAAACUCGGGCACGCACUCGCCCCCAUUCGUAUGCGCGUCCGGCGAAAAAGCAACGCAAUAAUGGAAGUGGUGCCAACAGCUACAAUAACAACAACAAUAACAACAAUAACAACAACAACAGCAACAAAAAGAACAAGUCGAAUGCGUACAGUAAAUCAACAUAUCUCAUAGAUAUAAAUCGUAGUAGUGAUAGUAGCACCAAUAGCGGGAGUAGCGGCGGCAUCGGACCCAAUGAUCAUCUUUAUUUUAACGAUUACAGCAUUCGCAUCCGUGGCAAAGGCCAUCAGCAGCAGCACGCAUCAUCCAUGCAGGAUGUGCAGGAGGACGAUGGGGAGAGCGGUGCUGGCGGUGCGACGUCUGACAGCAAAAUGAUGCCGGAACAGGACGCGUUCGAGCGAGAAGACUACUUUGGCAACACUCAGGAGAUCAUCACAUUUGCUGAGGAGGGAACACAAUAUCGCCAGCAUCGCAUUGUGGAGUUUUCUCCGCAGAAGGCGCGCGUUCCCAAUCAGAAGCUUUCCAUACGGAGUGCAGAAAUCCACAUUCGUAUCGACAAGCAGUUCGACAAAUGGUCUGGCGGGGAUGGAGACGCCACAUCUGUGGGGACUGAUAGGCGGCAGUACGUGAUGAACACGAAGCGAAGAAGUCGGGCGAAUACACCCCGACAAAGAAUCAAGAUAUGGGUUUUCCAGCUGACAGCAGGAAUAAACAUCACAGAAAAGGGCAUCGACCAAGCGUUCCUAUUUCGGGCCUCUUUCGAAGUGGACACGGACCAUUUGGGCUGGCAGAAGUUCGAUUUGACCGAAACAAUACGCGAUUGGUACGGGGAUGCGAAUGGCGAGAAUCUUAGGUUGUUGAUCGACUGUUCCGGAUGUGGGAGCCAAUACUCAUUGCAUCUGUUUGAGCUUGCGACGCAGAAUGCGAAGCCCCGGCUGGAGGCGACAGCGACCCAUGUUAAUCCGAAUCGGCCUUUUUUAGUGCUGCACACAGAAUCGACGAGGCCGCGACGAGUCAGGCGCCGUGCUGUGGACUGCGGAGGCGCUCUCAGCGGUCAGUGCUGCAAGGAGUCCUUCUAUGUAUCGUUCAAGGCGCUGGGCUGGGACGAUUGGAUAAUCGCGCCGAGGGGUUACUUUGCCAAUUAUUGCAGAGGCGAGUGUACCGGUCCGUUUCGAACGCCGGACACCUUUCAAACAUUUCACGCUCACUUCAUAGAAGAGUAUCGGAAAAUGGGUCUCUUGAAUGGAAUGAGGCCCUGCUGUGCUCCAGUCAAGUUCUCGAGCAUGUCCCUAAUCUACUACGGAGAUGAUGGCAUUAUCAAACGCGACUUACCAAAAAUGGUCGUAGACGAAUGCGGCUGUCCAUAAUUGAGCAUUCGUUUCUGGCUAAGCUCGCGACUUCCGUCCGUUUAUGGUUAUAGUCAUAGCAUAACACAGUUUAUAGAUACCCUAUUCAAAACCUGCUGUACUAACGAUUAGUCGGUUUGUUUGCUUUUGUAUUUUUUUUUUCUUUUUUUUUUCAAGUCUGUC